AUGGCGGUGGAGGAGCUGCUGCCGAAGAUACGGGAGCUAGAGGAGGGCCAGGCGGAGCUCAAGCAGGAGAUUUUCAAGCUGGUGCCGGAGCAGCAGAACCGGCGGAACAAAUGUAUGGCUAUUCUACAUCAGAAGCAGUUGGUCAAGAUGCCGUUGAAUUUUUGGUUCAUCCUGUUGACGCUGAGGCAGCAAACAAUAUUAUUGGGAAUAUAUUUAUGGGAAAAUGUUGGGAAGUUGCCUGUUAAAAAGAAGUCAGGAGAACGAUUUUUCAUUGUGGCCAAUAACACUCCUCUGUAUGAUGAUGAUGGUAGCUUGCUAGCCAUUGCAGCCCAGCGGCAAUGCAAGUGCAGCAUCUCAAGUUGGAGUAUUGUGUCUGUUGUGCAGCAGGGUAGCGCACACCACCUUGCUUCUUAUUUCUGCUCUUGCAGUUCAUCAAUCAAAUUCUCUCUGCAAUUUUUCGCUUUUCACUCCACAGGUGCUUCUAUUGGAUUCUGUUGUUACUGCUCCCUAAAACAGCAUGUCAAUGAAUCUAUCAGGCUCUCUGGAAGUUCUUUCUACCCUGAGAUUUUCAUUAAUCGCCUGAAAUCAAUUUCGUCAGAUUUUAAGAGUGGAGUACAACAAGAUGCGCAGGAGUUCCUCCGCUGUUUGCUUGAUAAAUUGGAUGAGGACUCCAUUGCUCCCAGGUCCUCUGAAGAAUCCUCUUCGACUGAAGAAGGUAGUGUGGUAAAAGAAAUAUUCAGAGGGUGCUUGAAAAGCCAGUUGCGAUGUCCAGAGUGCGACCGUUGCUCAGAUAAAUCUGAUCCUUUUCUCGAUCUAAGCUUGGAUUUGAACAUGGUGGAGACUCUAAUGGAUGCUUUGCAAUCCUUUACAAAUACUGAGUUAAUCAAAGACUUCAUGUGUGAUGGAUGCAAAUCUCGUGUGAGCAUGGAAAAACACUUCAAGAUAGAGCAGGCGCCUGAAGUGCUUGUAAUCCAUCUCAAGCGAUUCACUAAUUCUGUGUCUAAGAUUUGGGACAAGGUCAAGUAUCUGUUGGAGCUGGAUAUCAACUCCUUCAUGAGUUCUUCGGAUGAUACACUGCAGAAGUAUGAUUUGUAUGUAGUUGUAGAACACCUCGGUCCAUAUGGCAGUGGUCAUUAUGUUUGUUAUAUCCGGUCAUCUGAAGCUGAUUGGUACAAAUUUAACGAUGACAAGGUCUAUAAAUGUUCCGUGGCUAGCGCUUUGGAAAACGCAGCAUAUCUUCUUUUCUAUGUGAAGCAUGGUUCAUCCCCGUGGUUCUCUACCUUACUUGAGAAAGAAGACAAGUGUCCACUGGAUGGUUCAGUGAGCUUGGAAGAACAAGGCGAAAUUGCUCUCGUCAACAAAGAAGAGCGGCAUCUUGUCAUGGGCAAGGAAAUGGACCUACUCUCGCCGACAAAGAAGAGGAGGCGACAUCUUCUCAUGGGCAAGGAAAUGGACCUACUUUGCCAGACCUAUCUGAACAGUUACAAAGGAAUGGAAAUGGCAAUACCUUGUCGGAUGCAUCAGAUAAACUGGAAGAAGGUUGCAGGCUGGGUGAAACAUCAACAGGAACACAAGGACCUAGCUGUCUUAUUGGAUCAGGCGACAAGAAUGACCAUGCCGAUGGGUGUUGGGAGCCAUCAGGCAAAGAGAACGAAAAGAGUAGAGUCCAUGUUCAACAAUGAGUUGAGAAACGACAAUAAAGGCACUAGAAAGGGCGUGCAAACAGCUCUAGCUGAGUCCAAUCGUCGCAUAGACUAG